AUUGUCAGCGCGUGGAAAGAGUCGGAGAGUGGUUCGCGCUAUGAAUCCGACCCAGUUAAGCAGCGAAGCCCAGGCCGGGGCUAUAACUGAAAGUCGACCUCAACUAACAAAGCAGUCGCCGUGGUCGGCUGCGGGGCAAGUUCUUUUCUAGAGCCCGACUUGGCACGAGGCUUCUGCAGGGGGUGGGGGAAAUGGACCGGGCAGUGAUCAGGCACCCGAUAGAAACCCCGGUGCGCUACCAGGGCCACUUUGCCACCCGGAGCUUGGAAGACUGCAGACUGGAUCACGCCUUAUAUGCUUUGCCCGGCCCGGAGAUCGUCGACCUGGGCCCAGGAAGGCCCGUGGGAGAGGCCCAAGACGAAGAGAAACGGCCGGAAGGGAGCAAACCCCGUUUUCAGGUCUUAGUGGACGUGGUCCAGUUCUGCCCCGAAGAUGUUCUCAUCCAGACUUUCGAAGGCUGGCUUCUAGUCCGAGCUCAGCACGGGCCCAGAAUGGACGAACACGGUUUCAUCUCGAGGAGCUUCACCAGGCAGUAUAAACUCCCGGAUGGGGUCGAGACGAAGGAUCUCUCCGCUCUCUUCUGCCACGAUGGGGUUCUGGUCGUGGAGGUCAAAGGAUCAGAGGGACCCGGGGACAAGUCGCCGGAGGCGGAUAGCACGAGAUGACGGUCCGUCUCUCGACGCGGCUGGGACGGUGGGGUGAAAUGUCAGCUCGCCCGUUGCAGCGUCGGCUGAGGUCACCCACAGAUUAAAGAAAUCCCGGAUUAUCUCUCUUGAUGCUUGAGUUUUCUCCGUCUCUUGCUUUUAGUACAAAAUAGAUGGUCGUUUGGCUAGAUGUUGGUGUAACGAUUGUAGGAUCGAAACAAGUUUUCUGUUUCUGCUUAAGCAUAAAACCGGGGUAACGAUUAUUUCAUUUGAGCGUGGGAAGAACGCUUCAUAUAAAAAAAUCCUAAAUACGUCGAUGGGAUAUUUUCCGAGAACGUUCCGCAUCCCUGAGAUGGAACUGUGAGUAAUUUAAACUGAGAGCCCCACGUGGGACGGGGACUGGGUCCGACCUAAUUAACUCGUGUCUAUCCCAGCGCUUAGAACAGUGUUUGGUCCAUAGUAAGUGUUCAAAAAGUAGCAUAAAAAUUAAAGUGCUUUUCCAGUGA